AAUGAGCCGUUGAUGGCCUUUAAGCAAUUUGAAGACAAACUUAAUAACGAAAAUUUAAUAAAUACAAAGUAUAUUAAAGAAGAUCUAACAGAAAAGUGGCGACACAUAGUCGUAGAAUACCAGUUUGUUCAAAAUCUUUUUGAAGAUAUAUGUCGGAAAUAUUUCCGUCUUCAACUGAAGAAAAAUCAAGAGAUUCAGGAUUUGAAUGAUGCUUUAAAUUAUGCUUGCGAUUGCAUUAUAACUGCGCAAACUAUGUUCUACAAUUCAAGAAAAAAAUGGAGGAAUAAAGAUCUAUUCUAUAAGAAAUUAUCUGUGUUUAUAAAAUCAUUACAAACAUGCAAAACUAAAUAUACUUCCAAGUUUUAUACAUAGAAUUUUAGAAAUAAAUAUUUAAU